CAUACCUGGACAGGGAGAGGCGACCCACGGUCACGCUGGUCAAGUGUGGUUUAUUUGCUCUAAGAAAGGAGGCCAUCUGUGCGUUUUUUUUCCUCGUCCCUGGUUGCGCGCAGGAGCGCAACAAGAUAUGGUGAACAGGAAGCCAAGUCCCAUUGAACUGCUCUGUCAGGACGCAAAUGCUUUUAUUUCAUCCGCGGGACUACAGGCUGUAAUGCACGUCGUUGCAGUUUAUCAUAGUGGCUGAUGGAAGUGGGCGAUGGUAAAUGGGAAGUUGCUGAGAGAGCGCACCUACAGGAAAUGGAAACAUUACGCCACUACCACCACCUCGGCGCCUUGUCUCGGGCUUCUACCUCCAGCUUCCACGCUGCUCGUAUUGCACCUCGGUUUAAGAAGCUAUCGCCUCUGUGCUGGAAUGCAAAUGUCAACACCCAACAAAAGGAAGCUCUUCCUCCUCCUCCUCAUCACUGUAUGUGUAAUCAUCCUCUAUGAUAGAAAGAGACCAACCACCAUUAACCGGAUCCCUGUGGCUCCAAAGUUUUGCCCGUCGUCUGUGUCUAAGCAGAGCAUCACUCCUCUGAAAAACACCAAGCACUUAUUGGUCUCCGCCUACAUGGAUCAGAGAGUGCCGGGCUUUGACAUACGCUUCAUUGGGAUGUUUCGGAGAGACUCCAUGCAGGAACUCCACUGCUUUUUCUGCUGUUCUGGCUACAUCAGUGAAACCACUCCCGCAAAGGUUUUACAACACUCGGACAACUUCGGGUUUCCCUUUGUCACCACGGAUGUUAUGUGCCAGAUCCCUCCAGAGUGCAACGCCACACAUGUCACUCUUCUGACUCAGCCCAGGCCUGAGAAUGGAUCUGAACACACCUGGCUUCCCAUAAGGAACAAGAAAACCAACGGAGAAGAGGAUAAAAAGAUGGACUUCACUGUCUGCAUCUCCAAUCUGUUCGGGGACUACAACAACGUGCUUCAGUUCGCACAGACCCUGGAGAUGUACAGGUUGCUCGGAGUGAACAGAGUGGUGAUUUACAACACCAGCUGUGGCCCAGACCUCGACCGCCUUCUGGAGAGUUACAAGCAGGAGGGCUUCGUGGAAGUGGUUCCCUGGCCAAUCGACAAGCACAUGAAUCCGUCCCGGGGAUGGCUUUUUUCAGAACAUGGUGGCGAUAUCCACUACUUCGGCCAGCUCACCACACUCAACGAGUGCAUUUACAGAUCCAUGGAGCGUUCCCGCUACGUCCUGCUAAACGACAUAGAUGAGAUCAUCAUGCCGUAUCAAGAAGACAGCCUGAAGUCCCUGAUGGACAGGCUGCAAACACAGUUUCCAAAUGUGGGAGUGUUCCUCAUUGAGAACCACAUCUUUCCUAAAAAGCACUUUGAACCGAGUGGGAAGUUUCACCUUCCUCAGUGGAACGGGGUGCCGGGAAUUAAUAUUCUGGAGCACAUCUACCGAGAAGAACCUGACCGAAAGAUUUACCAUCCAUACAAGAUGCUAGUUCAGCCAAGGAUGGUGGAGCAGACAUCGGUCCAUUCGGUGCUCAAGUUUUUUAAACAGGAUUACAAAGUUCCACCGGAUGUUUGUCGCAUCGUUCAUGUCCGCGUGGCCCUGCGGAAGUCGCUGAAGCUGGAGGAGCUCAAAGUGGACAGUCGGCUGUGGGAUUUUCAGGAGAAAUUGAUUCCCAACGUGGACAAGGUGUUGAAGAAAUUAAAGAUGCUAGUGUAGGAAAAUAACAGAUGACAACAAGGCAAGAAGGGAAAAUUUAAUUUCGCAGCUGAAAGCUGAAUGUGAAUGUAUGCCUUGUUUUUUUUUUUACUACUGUAUUUUUCAGACCAUAAGAGCGCACUGUGAAUUAAUGUGUCUGUGUGUCUUUGUCCACAUAUAAGGUGCAUGGGAUUAUAAGGCACACUAAACAUUCUUCCCAAGUGUGUAAUAUUAACUUACUAGGUUUAUUUAACUGUAAAAUGUGAAUGAGGGAAUCUUUCAUGCAUCAUAGGAAGGCAUUGUGCACGAGUCUGUUUUGUAAAGCAGUUUUGCAGUUAAGACCAAAGAUUUAAACAUGUACAAGUAGUUAAACUAUAAAAACAUGACACAGAUAACUUAUGCAAGUCUUUUAUUUUGACAGAAUUCACAAAUACUCAGGUCUGUUUGUGUAAUUCAUUAUUCCAUCAGAUAAGUGAUAAUUGCAAGAAAGUGUAACAGCUGAUGAUGCUUAAUGUCCUUUAAGAUUAUUUUUAUUGCCAUAGCUGUCUUCAUGGUGAAUUUUAAGUUGUUUGUUUCCUCAACUAGAAUCAAGAGUUUACGGCAGGGAUUGUUUUCCGCCAAAUGCACAGUUUAUGGCAUUUGAUUUCUCUAAACUUUACACAUGUAUCUUCUACAAAUGUCCAUACAGGCUUUACUUUCCUCAGGAGAUAAUUUCAUGGCGGAUCCUGUACACUUAGUGGUUUGCCUAAGGGAUUUUGACAAUGGACCUUGGCAAAAAGUGGAAACUUUCCUUUCCUCUGCUCGCCUCUUAAGAUCUUUUUUUUCCCCGUGUGCUGUUUUGCUUCUGAACACUUGGGAUGUGGGUGUUUUUUUUGUUUUGUUUUACUAUGUUUUGCUUCUCAUGAUGUAAAUGUCACCACUCUUUGGGAACCAGUGUGAGAAAGCAACGCACAUCUUGUGGCAACUGCGUUGACUUCUUCUCAUUUAUUUUUAUUUUUUUUUUUUUUUUUGUAAGUGCCAUACCUCAUUACAUACCUCAUUUUAAAUAAUAAGCACAAAACGGUUUGUGGGGCAUAAAGUUUACAAUCUAUAUUUGAGUAAUCUGUCUCCCUCUGAUCCAAUGAAUUAAAAGUCUAAACAGUAAUAUUGGUGUUGCGCCGAUGC